UCCUCACGUUGUACCGGGAUAUUUGCUUCGAUUCAAACAUUUAGAAGGCUGUUUACUUUUUCAUGGAAGCAUAACACGUAUCAUUCACAAAACAGAAUGGCCAGCUUGGUUCUUCCAGCUUCACCAAACUGGUAUUUGAGUCAAAUUAGUGAUUCAAAUCGCGGUGGGUUCUACGUUUUCGGCGCAAGACACGAUGUUGCCAUUUUUGACAUAUCCACUGUACCCCGAACUCCACCUCGGUAUGUCAGCGCAUUUUCUGGACAUAAAGAUCGGGUGUCAUGUGCUAAGCUUGGGCAGACACAGAGCCAACUGAAUAUUUGUUGCAGCUCAGCAGAUGAUUUGAAAGUGAAACUGUGGGAUGUCAAUACUCAGGUUGAAAUCCAGAGUCACUCCGAACACAAAGACAAGAUCACAGCAUUGUCUUGGUCACGCAGCCAGACUGACCUGAUAGUCACUGGAGAUGAACGUGGGACCGUGGUUGUAUGGCGAUACCGCACAGAUGAACACCAGACCUUUCGACAUGAAAAGGAUUUCAUUUUCAGUCUGGCUUGCUGCCCACACAAUCCAUCCAUGUUGGCUGUAGGGUAUAAAUCAGGCAACAUACUGCUGCUGGAUGUGUCAUCCCGAGGGUACAUCCUGCACCGUCUGCGUGGUCAUGACGACGAGGUGCACAGUGUUGUCUGGUGCCCAGUGCCGGGGGGAGAAUGUGCUGACCGAGGGAGCUUAUUCAGAAGCAGGAGAUGAUGCGGAAGGUUAUCUGCUGGCUUCGGGAUCCCGGGAUAGAACAAUACGAAUCUGGAAGUCCAGCCAGGGGAAGCAACUCCAGGUGAAGAAACUCCCACUCAACACAGGCAACCGACGUGACAACACAGAUAGUCAAGGGAGGAGCAAGGUGUGGACGUCCCUGUACUGGCCACUGGACAACCCAACACAGCUUGUGUCAUCCUCAUUUGGGGGUGAGCUUGUGAUGUGGGAUCUGUCUCCGGUGGGCCACAAGAGGGAGAUAUUCCAGGCAGGAGACAGUCGUGUCCACUCACGCAUCGUCUUCAACAUCUGUGCAGGUGGAGAGGAGAUGAACACACUGUUUACUGUGGGCAUGGACAGGACGAUUGUUCUGUGGGACCUUGAGCGUCAGUGUUCCGUCUACUCCAUUCCAUCACUCGGGGGACACGUGUACAGCUUGGAGACAUCGCCACUUGAUCCUGGUCGGGUUGCUGUCGGUGUUGGGGACAACACCAUCCGUGUUUGGAACACCAACAACAAGGUCAACCCUUUUGACAUCAACACCUUGUGGCAGGGAAUCAAGUCCAAGGUGACCUCGCUCUGCUGGCAUCCCACAAAGGAAGGUCAACUUGCGUUCGGCACCGACCAUGGCAGUGUCGGCAUAUAUGACGUGAUGACAAACAAACAUCCAAAUGUAUCUUCGACGUUUCACCGACGAACCGUGUAUGUGGUUGCCUUUGGCCCUGGUUCCAGAUCUGACGAUGCUGCUGAGUCGUCCUCCAUCAGCUUGUACAGUGUGGGGGACUCGACCGUGCUGGAACACAGGCCCCACGCAUUCAACAAGGAUGCUGUGGACAUCAAUCAACUCAUUGAACAAGUCAAUGGAAAAAGGAGCCACAGCCAGGGUAGAACAGACAUCUGCUGGAAGCCAGACAAUUCAGUGGUGGCAAUAGCCAGUGAUGAUGGUUCUGUGGAGAUCUGUCAGUCGGGGACCUUCAAGCUGCUGUGUGUGGUCCAGGUACAUCGCAAGCUCAUCAACUGUCUCAAGUGGCAUCCCCAGUUCACAGCUGACAAGCCCCUGGGCUCUGACUGUCAACACUGGCUGGCAUCAGGUGCCAGCGAUGCUCUGGUCAAUGUUGUUGAUCUGUCCAGCACACUAGAUUCUGGCAAUGAGGGUGUUGUCAGCCUCACUGACAGCAUCCGUCGGCUGGAGGGGCAUAGCAUCAGGGUGACGAGUAUCUCCUGGAAUCCCCACAUCGAGGGACAGAUGGUCUCUGUGGGAUAUGACAGCAUGGCCUAUGUAUGGAACGUGAAGACAGGGGAGGCAAUGUAUCAGUUCGAGGGUCACAUCCAGCGCCUCCUAGCUGUGACCUGGAGUGGUACCGACCCAGAUGAGGUCAUGUCCGGGGGGUUUGACUCCAUGCUGCAUCGAUGGAAGGUUUCCUCCCUCCCCAAGGCUGUCAUAGAAGUUGGAAAGAAAAAGAAGAAGAAGAAGAAAGCUAUCAGUGCCAAUACAGACGCUUGUCUGUUUUCCUCAAAAGGUUCAUCACCUGCAGUAUCUGAAGCAGCAGACAUCGCAGAAGGUGAAGGUAAUGGCAGCCUUGUCAUUGAUGCAAAGGGAGAUGAUUUACCUGACAAACGGCGUGGACAACCACAAGAAAAUUUAGAGAACAGAGAAGGGGACUGGCCAGCUGUAAAAGAGGACAUAGCAGAGCGGAGUAAACAAGCAAACAGUGGAAAGAGGUCCAAGGACAGGAAGAAGCUGGACUUCCAGGAUGAAUUGGCCGAAUUGAAGGAGAUGUUGGAGACCAGGAAGAAACAGAUUGAAGUGAAGGAG